AUGGCUUCUUUACUCAGCGACGAGGAUAUAGCCAGUGCUCUUGGAGCCAUCGCUGUGUUAUAUAUGGCUGCAGAACUAGAGAAAUCAAAGCGACGAAGGAAAACUUACAUAUAUUGUAUAGUAUUAUUAAAUGAUUCAGGGAGGAAGGAUGAUGGUGAAAAUAGGCGCACGGACAAAUCCUCUGUCUCAGGCUCUGAUAAUCCUGAAGCUGAUCCAGAUGACCCACUGGCACAACCAUCAUCCUCUAGUGGCAUUUCUGAUAGGACUGAAGAAGGCGCUGUUGAGUUCGAGGAAUCUGUCAGAGAGGUUGAAGCUGAUACUCCUCUAAUUGAGGAUUCGGAUGAAUCAGAAACAGAUGACAGUCAGCCACCAGCUACUGAGAAGUCAACCUCUCGUAAGCGUGUGUCAAACCCUAGUUCAUCCAAAAAGUCAACACCUCCGGAAAAGAGGAUAAGGAAAUAUGCUAUGAAGUGGUCAGAAGAUCCUAAGCUUGCAUGUUUCUCCAGAUCUGUAAGGUGCGGAAGACAAACUUCACGAGAAAUAGUAGUGAAAUGUAUAGGCAAUGAAAGCUUGAAGGAAAUUGUAGCAUGCUUAAAGAUACACAAAUAUUCCAUAAUUGUAGAUGAGAGCACUGAUGUAUCCACUACAAAGCAGUUAGCCAUUGUUGUCAGAGUAGUGAACACUCAACAGUGUACAGUUGAAGACAAAUUUUUACAAUUGCUAGAUGUAGAAGAUUCCAGUGCUGAAGGACUGUUUCACCUAUUGAGUACUUUUUUUGAUGAAAAUGGCAUUCCAUUUGAAAAUAUGCUUGGAUUUGCUGCUGACAAUGCGUCAGUCAUGAUGGGGAGUAUGGGUGGUUUAAAGGCAAAAUUGCUGGAUAGAGUCCCUCAUUUGUUUGUAAAUGGAUGUAUUUGCCAUUCAUUAAAUCUCUGUUCCUCUGCAGCCUGUCUUAAGCUUCCAAGUUCUGUAGAAACAUUACGUAAAGAUAUACAUAACUUCAUUAAUCACAGCCCUAAGAGACUGUUGAAGUUUAAGGAAUUUCAACAAUUUGUUAGAGUUGAUGUACACAGACUUCUAAAUACUAGUCAGACAAGAUGGCUUUCCUUAGAAUCAGUUGUUGACAGAACACUAGAACAAUGGUCAGCACUAAUUCUUUUCUUUCAGUCAGAAGCCUUGGAAUCUCAAGUACAGUCUGCAGUGCAUAUACUGAAUGCCUUGAACAAUCCUCUGUUCAAAAUGUACUUUACUUUCCUUGGGUAUAUUCUGCCCAUUAUCAAUAAGAUGAACAGAGAAUUUCAAAGUGAAUCAGUCAUGAUACACACUGCAUAUUCUAACAUCUGUGCCUUUUAUAGGACUAUUCUGAGCAAUUAUAUAAAGAAAGACAUACUAAAAUCAAAGUCAGAUCCAUUUAAAGUGGAAUUUAAAACUGUUCCAAUUUCCUGCCUGAAAAUGAAUGAUACUUUGACAGCAAAGUAGAGAGUAAGCUGGCAGAUAAAAAUGUGUUAGGGAAACUUGGAUCUGAAGCUUCCAGAUUUCGGGUGAGAUGUCUGGAUUUUUAUGUAGAGCUAUCAAAGCAAAUCAGUAAAAGAUUCAAAGGUUUGAGUGAUGUACUCCCGUUGUUAAAUGCCUGUGACUCUGCCAUAGCAAGAGAAAAUAGAGUUACAAAUCUAGUGCCACUGUUCAAAAAAAUUCCUCAGCUGAUUAAAGAAUCAGAAUAUGAUGUUUGCAAUGAUGAAUGGCGGUCACUUACUUUUCAUGAAGAUGCUUUGAGUACAUCAAGUAACCCUACCGAGUUUUGGUGUUCAGUACUAAAACUUAAGACUAGUGAUAGAACACCUGUGUUUCCAAAUCUAGCUGAGUUAAUGGUAAAUUUGUUAGUUCUACCAAAUUCAUCAGCUGCAGUGGAGAUAAUUUUUUCACAAGUAAAAUUAAUAAAUACAGACCUAAGAAAUAGACUGAACACAAGAGUCAAUAAAUGCACUUUUGUUAAGUAAAGGUAACGGGGGAGCAGUUCCAUGCUAUGAAUGGGAGCCAAGUUCCUUAAUGAUAAGAUCUGCUCAAAAUGUGUUCAGUGAGGCUAAGCAAAGCAUAUAGGUAGCUUCAUAGGCAGAAAAAGAAAGUCUGCGUUUGUAGUUUUAUUUAUUUAUUUUUUAAAUUAAGGUUAUCAGAUAUUCAUAUUUUGUACUUUGUAGUAUUAAUGUAGCCUAAGUUAGAGAAUAAGUUGUGGAGGCUAUCCAAAUACAGCCUGCCAUUGAAGGUAUUAACAAAUCUGUGUGCAAUUGUAGUAGCCUACUGGCAUCAUUUAUU